AUGGUUGUCAUAGUUUUCAGAUUGAUUCACGGAAACAGUCUUUCUCUUAUGCGUACAGAAGGCCUCGCGGCAUGUUUGGUUUUCCUUAACUCAUCGCUGGACCCAUUUAUUUAUUGCUGGAAGAUCAAGGAAGUGAGAAAAGCUGUGAAGAUGACGGUCAGACGCUGUUGGCCUCUCUCCACGUAGAAAUAACGUCUGGCAUAGUUAUUGAGAAAGUGCUACUAGUUUGUCUUUAACUCUUAGCAAUGGGUCAUAUAUUUUUUUAUCAACCGAGUCUUUUAUGUGUACGUUGCUAAGUUAAUGAGGGAUGGAAUUUUUUUUCCUGGCGUCUGAUAAUUGAGUCCAAUAAGAUAGCAUUAAAUAAAAAACCAGAAUUGGUCGAUUAUUUGAUUUUCGAGGGCCCCAUCAGUUUUUUCUUCCCAUUCAGUUUCUACUUCAAAGUAUAUCACAAAGAAUCGCAUACGCACCAAUAAAUGUUGCUGCCAUAAGAAUGAGAAGUGUCAAACUUUGGCCUACACUGUAAAUCAAGAGAUUACUAUCUCUUGUGUAAACCAAUUGCUAAAUACAGUCGGGAUGAUUGUAAAAAUAUUCGUUUACAACAAGAGGAAAAAGCAAUCUUUUUAGUGCACAUCUGUGAGUGGUUCCUUUCCACUGUACGUUAAUUUAUUUUAUAGUGACCGCAACACAGUAAAAAUCUUUCCUGUCGCCCUUAACCUUCAUAUCAAACAUAUUAUCUUUUCAAUUGAUAAAUUUAUUGUUCAACAAUAUUUAUUUGAGUUUCUAAUUUGAGGAUUUACCUCGCCCAGUCAUCAUAAGCAAGAUCACAAUGAGUAUUACUCCUGGACCAAAGAGAAUGCAUUCAAUCCGAAUAAAUCCGGGCUAAUUGUACUUGGAAAUACGUGAGUCUCUUAUUUUCUUGUUCCGGUAGAAGUUGCGUGAAAGAGAUUUCAUUUCUAAACCUUUCUCGUGUUUCUUGCCAUCCGAAAGCCUGCACAUCAGCGCGCUGAUUCUUUUUGAAGCCAUUUCAGAUGUCACACUCAAAUGUAGUCGUACCUCGUACCUUGCAAGCUGCUAGCAUGCAUAUUUCCCAACUAAGAUAUGAAUCACACAUAUCCACCAUUCUUUGUUCAUUGGUGCAUCCCAGUCACCAAUCUUCCUCCAAAUAAAUUCAAAACAAGAGAACACAGGCUUUAAAAGUCAAGGAGGACGAAGGAACGUUUUCUCUCUGUGUUUGAAGUCAAAGCUAUUCAAUAUUUAAAUGGGGGAAAGGUUGCCUUCAAUUUUCUCCAAAAAUGCCACCAUGUUGAAUGCCCUCGUUUGUUCUCUCUCACCGUUGAACGGCCAGAAGACAGAGGUUUCAUUAAAAGCCGGUUAAUCUCGAUCUGCCGCCGCCUACAGGACCUCUUCCUUACCGCCAUCUCUUUCGCAUGUGAGCAGGCUCUCUAGUUUGGGUUUCACCCGACGACCUUCUCUGGGCGUGGCUGCCAAUUACACCAUCAGCAGUAAAUUAUUGAAAAAGUUAUUAAAACCCCUGUUCAAAGAUCCCGUCUGAAAAAGUUAUUAAAACCAUUGUUUAAAAAAACUGUCUAAAAAUGUGAAUGGAAUGUCUUGACACGGGGUCGUUUUCGCUGUCACUACUGGAGCAUGGGUAGUCAGAGUAGUUAGGAGAGCCUGGACAGGAAUGAUUACAAACGCUGCACGAACUUGCUUUACGAUGACUUGAACUGUAUCCAUUCUGUCCCUCUACCGUUACUGUUAGAUAAAAGUAGGUUACGAAGUAUGAAUAAUCCGCCAGAACUGUACGGUUUAGGAAAUUCGGCGUCUUCGUGUUGCAUCAUGACUUAAAACUUGAAGUAAUGGCAUUUUGAUAACAUAAUUUGGUUAGGUGCGAGAAAUGACUUUAGACAUGCGAAAUAAAGAUAAAUCUUGAAUACAAUAACCAUUAAAACGUGACCAAGUUAAGAGUGUUGCAUCAUUUAUUUUAUAAAUCACGGCAAGAAACCCGCUUUAACGAACGCGGUCUGAAACUUGCUCUUUGCUCCAAACAAAUUAUAAUAAUUCUUUUGAUCGGCUCUGUUGCAAACUUUAACCUUUUACUGUAUUUAGUGCAUUCAAUGUAUUGGUAAAUUUGUUUCACCUCACCGGAGUUAGGUGAAUGUUUGACAGUCUCAACUGUCUCUUUCUGACCAAGGAUUUUGCUGAUAGAAAAGGAAAGUGGUUUGGUUGUAGGUGGUAGGGAAGGUCCAUCAGGAGAGACACUGGACGCUUUUAAGCAAAGGGUGGAGAAGGAUAAUUCCACGGGUGUAACGGCGACAAUUUUUAAGUGAUUUCUCUUCAUCUUGGUAAUGACUAACAGAUUGCUUUUGAUCCGAGAGAGCUUCGAUUUUAUAUCGUAACCCGACAGUUCGCCGGUCAUUUUCUUGAAAGCGAAUCGACAAACGCUGAGCGGUUGUUUUAAAGGAUUUGAAAGAAUAUCAGCUAAAACAAUUGCACGCCCGGAAUUGAUGAAAAAAAAAUCACUUGUGAUUGGGCGCAAUUCGGUAUAAAAAUCGCGCGCAAUUUUAAUUUACAUUCAAACUUUCAAAACUCGCCGAUGAUUAAAGAGAUUCCUAUGUUCAGAGUAGAACCUCUCAGCGGCUAGAAAUGGCCUCAUUUACUUGAAAGUUGUCGGGACCUCUGAAACACAGUUGCCAGCCUCAGAUAAAAAAAACAACUUCAUAACUUGCGUAGAGAAACCUGGAUAAAAGGAUGUGGGCCAUGGGAACGAUAAGUCAUGCGUGGACAAAGGUUGCGAAGGUGUUUGCAAAUACUACCACUUGCCGCAUUUCAUAACAUAAGGACAAGAAUACCUGGCAAAAGUUUCAGAAACCAUAAAGUGCUAACUGUCAUCAUAGCACGUCGCUCUCCUUUUAAGUCAUUGUAUUUAGCUGUUGUAAGCGUAGAGUGGGGAAAACUGGUGGAAAAGCUGAAUGAAAGGGAUGAAGAUAAAGUCGAAAAAAGUGGGGAGGGAAGAAAGGAGGAGGAGGAGAGAGGGAUGGCUAAAAUGUAGGAAUAUAUAAGUGCGGGCGAGAGAUUUUGGUAUCCCGUGCAGCUUUUGCUCCCUCAUUUUAUUUAUCACUCAGACAAUUAGUGCUCCUGUAGUGUUUUAUCAGAUUUAAACGAAAGUGAUGGGAGAUAAAUAACCCAUUCGACUUCCCUCAAGAUAAAAGCCUUUCCCUCCGGCUACACAUUAGUGUGUCAUUAGUAUUUAAUCACACUAAAAAUCCAUUUAUUUACGGGAAAUAAGUUUUAAAUUAUGAUUUUAAGUCGUCAACCUCAUAUUGGUAAAAUUUGAGGCAAAAGAAGUGCGCAUGCUUAAGCGUGUCUUCUUCCUCAAUUAAGUCACAUUUGUUAGGCUCUCAAAAUACUUCAUGUUGCACUAUAAUAUCUUGGUUAAUCAAAUGGACCUCAGUUGUCCUCAGUUUAUCGAAAUCCUUGAAGACCUGGAACCUACUUGGGUUGGCUAUGUUUUCACUAUUUUGAAUGCAGUUUUUAGUGGAAGUGCAAUCAUAGGAAAUCUUCUGAUCUUAGUUGACCUUAAAAAGGAUUCCCGCCUUCAUCCUUCAUCUAAGCUUUUGUUUCGUUCCUUGGCGUCGACGGACCUCUACGUCAGUCUUAUUGCGCAGCCGAGUAUUGUUGUUUAUCUUAUUUUAAUUCUUAAAAGAGAUUAUAGCCUUUAUGAAACAUCUGAAAGAGUACCCAACCUCUCCUGCGUUGUUUUUACUGUCAUUUCUCUAUGCACAUUGACUUGGAUAAGUGUGGACAGAUUGCUCGCCUUGCGAUUGGGAAUAAGAUACCGACACUUUGUAACAGUGGCCCGUGUUCGGAGAAUCCUUGUUUUCUCCUGGUUGCUAGUCUUAGCUACUGGUACGUUUCAAUUUUGCAAACAUAAUGUCUACUUGGUUAUUCUGACAUCUAAUGUGAUAAUAUGUCUUGUGCUGACAAUUUUCCGCUACAUUUUUGUCACUAUGCGGCGUCGACGCGCGCAGCAGAUUGCUGAAAUGGGAAGGCAAACGGGACACAUGCUAAGGUAUAAAAAGACAGUCUAUAAGUUGCUAUGGAUCUCGCUUUUAAUGGUAUCGUUUUAUGUGCCAUUUUCUUAUGUUUCAGCUGUAAGACUUGUAAAAGGACCCGAUGCCACUAGUGCAGUAUGGUUGGUGUCCAUGGCUACGGUGGUUUUUCUUAAUUCCUCCCUGAACCCACUUGUUUAA